CUACGACCCUACCGCCCCCCGCCGUCCGAAAUUCGCGCCCCCCUCGUGGCCGUCCGGUCCGGUCUGCGUUCGGCAGCGUUUUCGGAAAGGUUCCGCGUAGAGGAAAAUAAAAUCCCCACCGCUCGCCGUUCUCGCCCCGUCCACCCCGCACUCCUAAGCCCUAGGCCGCCGCCGCCGCCACCGCCACCUCUAUCGCGCCGACGGGCCACCCUCCACCUUCCUCUACGUCUCUCCCUAGGUCGCGCCCUAUUCCCUCCCUGGACGCAGCCCAAUAAAAGCUCUGCUCGACCCUUGGCGGCGGCCAGUGAGGCGACGGCGCCGCCCCUCGUUCCACGCGACUCCCCGCACCCUCGCCAGGCUCGGUCCUAGUUAGAAACCAGGAUACAAUCGACGUGGGCGUAUCCAACUCGACGUGCUUCCGUGCUCAUUGGCGGCGAAACCCCGGGAGGGGGAGAGCGAAUCGCCCGCGGCGAUGGCGGCGGCUGCCGAGGAGGCGGAGUGCUCCGCCGCCGCCGAAGAGCGGCCGCGCGAGCCCUUCGCCCGCGGCGGCCCGGUGUUCAUCCCCUACAUGGUGGGCCCUGUCUGCACCGUCCCCGAGUUCAUCUCCUCCACCCUCCGCGAGGUUCAGUCCCUGCGUGACGAAUUGGGCGACCCGGGGGACGAAUUCGUUGACGAGCUCUGCGUCGAUGACCUGAGGGUGCUCUCUGAGGAGGAGCUUGUGGAGCGCGCUCUCCGGGAGGCCAUGGAGGAGGGCUGGGACUGUGGCGCUCUAUCACAAUCAGCAGAUCAAAGUUCUGGCGCUCCAUCACAGCCAUUGGAUCAAAGGUUAGAUGGGGGCACAUGCAGAAUGUCAGCGAGUUCCACCCCUGGAAAUGAGACUGUCACCUCAAGUGCAUCAGCUGAAACACAAAGUUCAGUAUCAGCUCCCGGUGAUAUGGCAAUUGGACUGCAUGAACCAGAAGGCAGCAAUGGGAAAACAAGAGGUGGAAAGAGGAAAACCAGAGAGAGGAAUGGAAACAAUGGUGCCCUCACCUCAGAUUCAACAGCUGAAAGAGAGACAUCUGGAUCACCUGUUGAGUUGGCGAUUGUACCACAUGAACCAGAAGGGAGCAAGGGGAAACCCAGAGGCAGAAAGGGUAAAAAUGGAACCUCUUCAACUCCAUCAAUUGAAAGUGAAACACCUGUAUUGCCUAGUGAGGAUAUGUCAGUUGUUCCUCAUGAUCCAGAAGGCACAGAUGGGCAAACAGAACGUAAAAAGGGCAAAAAGAGAGGCAGGCAUUUUGAUCGGGAAGUUCGAGCGCAUAUUUUACAGGGAAGCUAUCUUACUAAAGCAGAGAAGAUGGCAGAGAUCAUGCUAAAACAAGAAGAUGACAAACGGGCAGCAAGGCUGCACUCAUUCAGUGGUGAUUCUGUGAUGUCCAAAGGCUCUAAGGCAUCAGCGGAGAAAAUUGACUUGGCAAAAUCUCUUAAAUACAACGGUGCCCACAGUGCCCCUUGGAAGAACAAAGCUUCGAAAUCUGACGAACACAUACCUAUAGUUUAUCCAGAAGCAAUUCUUUGUGUUGAAAUUUAUGAGCGCAGGCAUGGCUCUGUGAAAAAUCAGGAAUUUCUUGUUUUGGGGAGCCAGCUCCUCACAGAUCUGAAGGACAAUAUUUACUGUUCGACUAAUAAGUUGAUGGAGUUGAACAAGCUACAUAAUCAUUCUGGCUUUUUUCUUAUUGAGGACACGUUCUACAAUGACACGAGACAUUAUUCUGCGGUUGAUUACAGUAAACCUAUAGUUGACUGGCUUGACAAUUCCAGUGAUGAGGUGGCAGAGAAGUGGGACGCCAUUAGUUCUGGCGUGUUAAAGAAACGACAAAAGGACUUAUUGAAGGGCUUGAAUAUUUCGAAUGUGCCCGAGUUUAAAUCUGCGGACAUGCAAAGUACCUACUUUUCAGACCUGCACUUCCGGCUUGGUGCUGGGUACCUCUACUGCCACCAGGGGAACUGCAAGCACACGUUCGUGAUUAGAGACAUGAGGCUGAUCCACCCGGAGGACACCCAGAACCAAGCGGAGUACCCUCUCAUGACGUUCCACAUGCAGAGGCGUUUCCAGAAGUGUUCAGUGUGCCAGAUCUACCUCGCCACGAAGAUGACGGUGGACGAUAAAUGGGCUCCCAAUAAUCCCUGCUAUUUCUGCAAGCAGUGCUACUACCUCCUCCACUACAAGGAGGACGACUCGCUGUUAUACCAUCAUACCGUGUAUGAUUACUUCCAAGAGUAGAAGGUUUCUUUUCUUUUCCAUACCGAAAGCCAUGAAGGCCUGGCUUUUACCGCUGGUUCUCUCUUUGUGUACAGUAUAUUCAAUUUUGAAGGUUUUAUAGGGAAUUUAUUUUUGAAGGGUUUGAUGUGUAUUUUUUGGCUGCAUACGUUUUUGAAUUUUGAAGGUCACUGGGUGUGUAAAUAUAUGAACCGCCUUUUCCAAA